AUGACAACAGUUGGAACCAAAGAAGAUAACCACCAAAGUGCCGAAAUCACUCAAAGUGAUAUAAAAUCACAUGAAUCAAGCAACUGCAUUACCAAGAAGGAGUGGUUUAUUUCUCUAGAGAAAUAUGAUUACGACACCCGAAUAGAUACGGCUCCAAAACUGCUGCGUUCGAACGAAUCAUUCAGAAAUUGUUUUGAUCCACUCGUAGUUUCGAUAGGCCCUUAUCAUUUUGGAAACCCAGAGCUCAAAGAAUUCGAGCAGCUAAAAAUUCUAUUCGCGCUGAAAUUCUGUCGCACCCAUGGUGAUCAAGUGUCCGUGGAACAGUUAUACGAUGCGGUGGCAAAGGUGGGUGACAGUGCCCGUAAAUGCUAUGCGGAAGGCUCGACUGAACGCUAUAACGAUGAAGAGUUCAACAGGAUAAUGUUUCUUGAUGCUUUGUUUGUGCUUUAUUUUAUGUUCCUAUUCCCAGAUCACUCACGAAAUGUUUCCUCUGAGGCAGAUGAGGACCCUGAGGUACAAAAAGCAGUAAAGGAACGACUGGGUAAGAGUUACCACCUUGUGUUGAGGGACUUGUUCUUGCUAGAGAAUCAAAUUCCUUUACUAGUACUAGAAGUUUUGAUGAAACUCGUGUUCAAAGAACAAAAGGAAAAGACAGUAGAUGGUUUCAUUAAGAAGGUCCUUCAGCUGUUCACCAUAGAGCCACCUCGGGGAAAUUUAUGCACUAAUAAUAUUGCCAUGAAAUUUCUUGGAAAAAUGACAGGAUGCUGCUCUAAAAGUACGCCAAAAACUGAGAACCCAGAUUCGGAUGAAAUCCAGGAUCACGAGGAAUUGUCAAACAAUUUGACCCUUCUACAACUAGUGCGGAAAAAGCUCAUAUGGCCUUUAAUUAAACAUGAUAUGAAAGACAUAAAUGCAUUUAUCAAGGAAUCAAAUGUCCGGGAAUCGUAUCGUUCAGUGCAAUUUUUGCCCUUGCCCUUACUAUGGCACAAACAUUUCUUGCUGCUUAUCCGCACUAAACCUCAGAAGUCAGAAGAGGAGACUUCCUAA